UCCCCGUACGUGGGGCUAAUUGCUUUACUGCUGGUAAAACUAGGUCACAGAAACAAGGAUACUCUCGAGGUUGUAGUGCCAAGAAAGAAGAAGAGGAAUUAUAACACCAUGUCCGAAAAACUUUCGCAUAAAACCUGCUCAAAUGUUCAAGAGGUUGACACAAUGUGAUGAUUUAAACUAACGACCAAUUUUCAUUUAUUUAUUUUUUUAUUAUUUUAUUAUUUUUUAUUUUAUAAAGAACGGCCUGGCCGUAUUGCUAACAGUAUUGGAUUAAACACUCGGCAAAAGUUCCACAACUGAAUGCAAAUUUUUACAGCCAUCUCGCCAAUUCCCCGCUUACAGUUUGCAAAUUCCAUCGCAUGAAUGCAACUUUCCUUAACGGGAUUGCAACAUUUCUCUAUCUAGUUGCAAUAUUCUAUUGUGUGAUAAAAAAGUUCCAUUAUAUGGUUCAAAAUUCUGUAAGGUAAAAUUUAAACUUACUGGUGCUUAGAAUAGAUUUAUGAAUAUAGAAAUGUUCCAAAUUUACAAUCAUAAAUAAAAUGGUAAUCGGCGUGCAUAAACGAAAGAGAUAGAUGGAGAGAGAGAGAGAGAGAGAGAGAAAGAGAGGGAAAAAUCAACGUAACAAAACUAACACCCUCUGGUUGAUCCACAAAUCUCUACACGCUAACGUUUACCGAACCCUGUCACAAAACAUUCGAUACUGUUCGAUACUACUGAUAUGGUUUCAGGCUCAGGUGCGAAAGAAACCAAUAGCACCAAUUAAUUAUAAUACUAAAUAAGCCAGCAGCCACAUGACGUAUGACGCAUGAGCGAGGCAUGGUCCAGUUGAGAUUUUAAUCUACACACCUCUCGCGAUUUCUACACCCGUGCCUAUAAGACCGUUACAAUUUAACUGGAGGGUGUACAUUGCACCAUCUAAUAAACAUAACGUAGAGCUAUAGGGAAAUAUUUGGUUACAAACCUUCAAACGUCAAACUUUUUCUUAACGCAAAGUUUUCGGCAUGCUAAACAACUCCUAGUCAGACUCACUCUACAAACAGCGAAAAACUUUGCAGCUAGUUUGCGGGAGUCGUAAACAUAAAAGUAAAAUUCUGUACAAAUAACGAUAAGUGAACCGACGCUGUUGUUCCUAUGUACAUCACUACGAACCUACUUCAUAGCUACUCAUAUUGUUGGAUCUUGUUUGUGAUGCAUAUGAUACAUUUCAUGCAGCGCUCAAGCUCACCGGAACUAAAAACAAAAUCACACAAAAAUCUAAACGUUGUAGCACCAACGUGCUUUGGCCGGAAACAAUAAACAAUCAGAAUCGAUCAGAUCUCCGGUUCGUGUGGGACACUCCCCAUAUAGAUGAGGCGCUAUAAAGUGUCAUCCGGUGUAGGUUUUUUUUUUAAAUAAGAGCCUAAACAUCAAUAAGUGGUGAAGAUGUCGAGAUUCAGCUACUGAUAAAACGCAGAACAAACGACUACACCCGAUCUAGUCUUCCUCCGGCAGUGACGUUGCGUGUCGGCCUCGGUCAUCUACCGGACCACCACACACCACAGCCGCCUCGUUUCUCGUUGAAUUCGAGAUCAACAGAUUUGGCGUCGCAUAAACUUUAGGGUCUGUCGCACAAGUGUAAUGAUAUUUGCAUUGUGAUAAGCCACUGCAGCUCUUGCUUCUAUAAGGUCCAAUCCUAUUGCCCGCCGCAUGUGCGUUGGGCGGGAGGUAGGCAGGAAGAUAAAGAACAAUACUUCAUUGUAGUGCUCUGGCCUACCCUGCAAACACCUGCCCCGCAUCCCGGUACGCGACGGGCACGCAGAGCAAGGUGGUCAUCUGAGCCGUAACGAAGAGACAACAUACAGCGUGCCAACCCAAUCCAGCGCGCACCAACAAACAGGAGCAAGCAGGAACGGCAAUACCAUUGAACGCCGAUGGCAAAACACACAAGAAAUGAAGCGAAACGAAGCGUGGCAAGCGGUUGGAUUGUCAUCUAUCUAGAAUGAAGUGAUCUCGGUCUGGUGGCUAGUCUCUGUGUGUCGACUGGCCCGGUAUACUGCUGCUGCUGUUGCUGCUACCUCGAGAGCUAACGUGCACACCCAAUAAGUUUUGGAGUUUAGUAACGCUUUAGGACGUCGCGCGACUGCGCACUUGUGUCCCAGGGUUCCAACCGGAUUCAUACAUAUGCACCCAUUCCAGUUGCACACGAUCAAAGCUAAAUCUCUCUAUCGACAAAUUCCAGUUGUUGUUGUUGACGUUGCUCGACCUAACAAGUUUCGUGCUGGCCAAAUACCGUGCAAAGCAGAAAUAGAAUAACUGCCAUGAACCUUAACGAGUGGGAUCGCAAGAAGAUCUUCCGUCAUGCGAACCACCAACCCCCGGCAACGCAACACCUGUACAGCCCGUACGGUCAACCGCACCAUCACCAUCAUCAGGGUGACGCGUCCGAGUAUGCAUUCACCGCUGGGUCACCGGUCGAAGACGGCAACAUCGAGUAUGAGCGUAAAGGGGGCUGUUUCGUGUCGAUCUGCCGUGGCAUCAGCAUUGCCGUGCUGAUAUUCGUUUUCAUCUUCUUCAUGGCGUUUACGAUAUUUUUCAGCACAAAGUAUGCAUACGAGCACAAACCUAAUCUGACGCUGGAAGACUUCCUAAAUCACCGUGCGUAUUUAAUCGACAAGCGGGCCCGAAUUCCGAAGCACGUUAUACCGAAGCAUUACCGACUCUUCAUACAUCCCGUGUUCAAUGAAACGGACCACCCGUUCAGCUAUACCGGCAUCGUGUGGGUGACAGUAACGUCCAAAAAACCCAACAACAAGCGGAUCGAGCUGAAUGUGAAGAAUCUCAAGAUACGGCUCGAGAACGUGACCGUACUGAAGAGUAUCCGGCUUACGAACAACGACUUUGAUGAGGAUCUUGAUUGGGACCUGAGCGAGGAAGAUUUGUACUCGCUGCCGAGAUUGAAUAAACGUCGAAAACGACGCCAAGCUGGGGAAGAGGAUGCACAGGGACCUGUUACGCUGUUGCCUACUGGGCGUCCUGGUCCAGCGGACGCACCGGAAGAGUACGAAGGAGAGGAGAGGGAAGAUGAAUCGGAGGGCACUAGUCGUAAAGUGACGGCUACCGAUCAGCCAGCGCCGAAUAGUAGCAGCAGCGUGGAGAACGCUACCAUUAUCGAUAAAUCCAAAUUCUACCAUCACCCAGUGUUUCCGGUGGAUGAUUUCGUCACAAUCAAAAUACUGGACAUCGAGUUCGACGAGUCAAACGAAAAGAUGAUCAUCUUCCUCGGUACGGAGAUGAAAAAGGACAUCUACUACAUUGUGAAGGUGAACUUUUUCGGUAACAUGACCAACGAUAAGGGGCUGUACUAUACGCAUUACGAAGAUGAUGUACCCACACACAGACACUUUGCAGCAACCGUACUGGAACCGAACAAUGCGCGCCGGCUCUACCCUUGCAUGGAUGAUCACAACUUCCGAUCACCGUUUGAGCUGAACAUAGCGCGCAAAAGCAACAUGAACACCGCCUCCAGUAUGAACCUGGAAAUGUCCGAGCCAAUGGAGACGGGUGACAUUGUGGUGGAUACGUACAAUACGACCGAUAUGGUACGGGCAUCAGAGAUUGGUUUCGUCGUAACGGACAUGGUACCGGAGCAGUAUCGCAUCACGAGCCGUGUAAGUUUGCUCGCCUUCACCAGGACUCGGUACGACGAGAAUAUCAAAAACGCAACGAGCGUGUUUUCGCGUGUGCUGCAAAUCUACGAACAGUACCUGGGUGUACCGUUUCCGUACGAGGUGAUCCGUUAUGUGACAAUACCGAACAUUGACCAUACAACGUAUGAGAUUAAGGAGGGUAUGGUAUUGUCGAGCGAGAAGCGACUAAUCAAGACGUCCGACUAUUUUCCACCGUUGGAUAAGAGCAUCAGCAGAGAGGUGGCGAACGAGCUGGCGAAGUUGUUUAUCCACAAGUUGGCAGACUACAAGAACAAGGAAACGUACUGGCUACAUGAAUCGAUACCGCUGUAUCUGGAGGCGCUGGCACUGCGAAAUAUGACUACCACGAACUCGACGACCCUGGACGACUUCCUGCUGGAGGGACGAUUGCGUUCGAUGCGCGAGGAGAUGAACACCAAAACGUCGGCCCUUAACAUCUUCACCAAUCACUGGGAGGAGGACACCCACUUCGAGCUGGUCAAGUACAAAGGCUUGAGUGUGUUACGCAUGAUGAACUACACCCUCGGACAGCGCACGUUCGAUCACUUCAUACGAGAGUACUUUCGCUACAGGAUGGAAAGCGAGUCGAUCGAUGUGAUAGACAUCCUGAACAAUGGUGGUGAGGGUGUAAGCCGUACAGACAGUAUAUUCCACAGCUUCCUCUAUAGCUGGAGCAGCCUGGAGAAAUAUCCAAUCAUCAACAUUAAGCGGAACAAUGGAACAGGCUUCUUCGAACUUCGCCAGAUAGCGCUACCGUUCGAGGAAGAACCGGCGGAACAGCUGUGGACCGUACCGGUGACGUUUAUAAACGACACCAACCAGCGAUUGUUUGUGGAGAAGGUACGCUGGCUGACGGACGGUGAAAACUUGCUUACGGUCAAGUCGGACUGCAAAGCACCGAACAGCAGCACCUGGAUUAUUGUGAACCCGAGCGGUAUAGGUUAUUAUCGAGUUAAUUAUGAACCAUCUCAUUGGGUAAAGCUGGCCCACGUGCUAAAUGGUAACUUCCACUAUCUGCCGUACACAACGCUUGCGAUCAUAGUGGACGAUGCGCUAAAUCUAGCCCGGUUAGGUUUGCUGAACUACUCGAUUGCGUUUAAUGUGGUGUCGUUCCUGAAGCAAAACAACGAACACUAUCAACCGUGGAAGCUCGCGCUUAGCAAUCUAGAGUUUGUGUACCAUGCUACGGAGGAUCUGCCCAGCUUCCAACAUGUUGAGCACUUCUUGGAGUAUCUCAUACUGGAUAAAUAUGAGGAGAUUCAACACAGUAACGACACGACUUACUACAAUCCCUUGAUCAAGGAACUGAUCGUGCAAUGGGCCUGCAAGCUCGGUGUUACCUCCUGCAUCGAACAGCACAAAGCUCUGUUUAAGGCGAUUUUCUACUAUCAAACGGUGUCACCAUUCAAACAGCGCGAAGAACGACUUUUCCGCAUUCUUUGCACCACCAUCAAGUACAGUGGGCUGGCGGAGUGGAAGAAGGUUGAGCAGCAGUACCUCGAAACUACCGACAUCAACUAUCAGCGCAUUCUUAUCAAAAGCCUCGGUUGUACCAGAGAGAUCAGUAUGAUCAAGCGUUACCUGGGCCUGCUGAAGCAUCCACAUUUUAGCAUGUACAGUAAAGAAAUUCUAACCUCCGUCAGCGAGAAUAAGGUCGCACUGAAGUACACGCUCGACUUUCUCUUCAACGAGUGGAUCGAUGUGCGGAAGUAUCUGACGCUGUACGACAUAUCGAUCAUGCUACGCAGCAUCUCGAACAUGAACGAGUUUAAGAUGUACGAGCAGAUCUUCUUCCGCUACUCGUACACGUUCCAGACGAUGGACAAGGAAAUUCUCAAACGAAUGCGGGACAUCAUCAUUAAGCUGAUGGUGUGGCGGAACGAGAUUGCACCCGUUAUCAAGUUCGAGCCGUUCGAUUUUAGCAAGGAUGUGGGAAACCGGGACGCGAUGUACCUGUAAGAAAUGGUAUUACCACGGCCGCCGCCAUCGGAUCUGUAAUUGUGCCUAUUCCGUUCGCUGCUGAACAUCAUUUGUGUAUUACUAAUUGUGUUAUUGUGAAACUUUGAGCAAACUAAGUAGGAGGAAAAAUGGUCUGCUAAUAAAGUGUAUAGAUAAAAUGAUUAGACAAAAGCAGCGGAUCGCAACACUUACCCAAAA